AGAGAAUGUCAUGUCAAAAGUAGUUGGCUUUCCAAACAGUGUCCGGAAUUACCUUGUUAGUCUACCCUUUAGCCUAACGGAGGAACACACUUUCAUCUGUCUUUCCAAAAUUGUUAGGAACAACUAGAUCAAAAAUUAAAAACUAUCCCUCUCCUCCUCCACUAAAAAUCUGACCGGACCCACAAGGUCGGACUAACCCAGAAAUGGCAACCAUUCGCAUGAUGAGCGUCUUAACCCGCAAUCGCAGCUUCUAUAGAAAAGCACAAGGCAUGUGGAAGGCAUGUGAUCUGCUAACAAACCAUCGAUUCCAAAUCUUGAGAGGAUUGGCUUCAAUAGCGGACAAGUGCGAUGGCAGGGCAGUCAUCAAGGGUGUGGUUGUGGGCGUUUACUCUAAGGAGGGCGAUGGCAAGGAAGUCAAGAUGACGUCCAGCGGCGAGAAGUUUGACGACCGAACUCAGGGUAAGGUAUCGGAACUGCUGCGCGAAACUGGCAUCAAGGGUGACCUCGGCAAGGGUAAGGUCUUUAUGAACGUGGAUGCCGAAUUCCGAGCUGUGGCUGUGGUGGGUCUGGGUCAAGAGGGCGCCGGCUUUAAUGACUUGGAGAACAUUGACGAGGGCAUGGAGAAUGCUCGCGUGGCUGCCGGCGUGGGAGCUCGAGCCCUGCAGCUACAGGGUUGCACGGAGGUCUUUGUGGACUCCAUGGAGUAUCCGGAACAGGCGGCGGAGGGCAGUGCUCUGGCCAUCUGGCGUUACAAUAGCAAUAAACGCAAACAGGAUCGAACUCAUAUACCCAAGCUGGAUCUCUAUGACUCGCCGGAUGUGGAUGCCUGGACGAGGGGUCUUUUCAAGGCGGAAUCUCAAAACUUGGCCAGAAGAUUAAGCGAUUCCCCGGCUAAUCAAAUGACUCCCACGAUAUUCGCCCAGUCCGCUGUGGAUGCCCUAUGUCCUUGCGGUGUUUCUGUUGAGGUGCGCUCUAUGGAUUGGAUAGAAGCUAACCAUCUCAACUCGUUUCUGAUGAUAGCAAAGGGAAGCUGUGAGCCACCAGUGGUCCUGGAGGUCAGCUACUGUGGCACUGCGCCCGAGGAUAGACCCAUAUUGUUGUUGGGCAAGGGAUUAACCUACAACAGUGGAGGUUUAUGUCUGCGGCCAAAGAAUUGCCUUCACAUGUACCGAGGAUGCAUGGCUGGAGCGGCGGUUUGUGUGGCCGCCGUUCGAGCUGCAGCUGCUCUUUCCCUGCCCGUCAACAUCUCGGCUGUACUGCCGCUCUGUGAGAAUAUGCCUUCCGGAAUGGCAGUGAAGCCGGGGGAUGUGGUCACCCUGUUGAAUGGCAAGACUAUGGGCAUCGUAGAUGUGAGCAAAGCAGGCACCGUUGUCAUGGCUGAUCCUUUGCUCUUCGCUCAGACCACCUAUAAGCCGCGUCUGGUGGUUGACGUGGCCACUGUGGGUUACGGCGUGUGUGCUGGUCUAGGAGAAUCUGCUGCCGGAAUGUUCACCAACUCCAACUUCAUAGCCAAGCAAUUCGAAAAGGCUGGCGCACUUACGGGCGAUCGUUUGUGGCGUUUGCCGCUGUGGCGUUACUUUAAGCAACUUAUAACCCCUCAACUCACCUAUGACAUCAGCAAUAGGGGGCUUGGCCCUGCCUCUAGCUGCAUUGCUGCCGCCGUGUUGCACGAAUUGGUUCCCUGUGCGGAUUGGGCCCAUAUAGAUAUCAGGAAUGUUGGCAUGCUGACGCGACACAAGCCGCUGCCUUAUCUGCUCAAAGAUCGGAUGACUGGAAGACCCACCAGGACCAUUGUGCAGUUCCUAUACCAGAUGGCCUGUCCGGAGAGCAAGUGAUGUGCCGGUUAGGAUCUCCGGUUCCUGGACACUUGUGGCGAUAAGUUCGACGUUUCUUGUUUCAUUUGACUUCUGUUUUUUGUCUUGUUCCAUGACUUGUCCAAAUUUAUUGUUUAGAGUUUCCUGUGGAGCUGGGAGUUCCGGGGGAUGGUUUUACCAUGGAACUACCAAGAUUUUACUCACAUUGACUUCUCUAGAAGGUCUCCCAGUUGCACAGAAUUAAAUGGCUUGAAAAUGCAA